AUGGCCGAACGCAAGACCACCCAGAAGUACUAUCCUGCCGACUUUGACCCAGCAAAGCUAGUGCGCUCAAAGAGAUCCCCAACCCCUGCGCGCACCGUCGUAAACUUCGCCUGCCCUCUCCGCAGCAUGCGCUGCCUCACCUGCAACCACUACACCACCCGCGGUAAAGUCUUCCGCAACAGCCCCAAACACAUCUCGCCUGAAACAUACCUCGGCGUAAAGAUAGUUACUCUGCAUUGUAAGUGUCCUGGCUGCGGUGCGGGAAUCGUUAUCGAGACUGAUCCUAAGAAUAUGGAUUAUAGGAUUUUGAGUGGGGCGGUUAGGGUGUUUGAGGCGUGGAGAGAUGAUGAGCGCGCCAAAGAUACCGAAGAGCAGCGUUUGGAGAGACUUGAAGCUGAGGGACUUGAAGGGGGCGACAGGAAAGCGACGUUGGAGACGCUGGAAUGGAAGACUGAGGAUGUGAGAGUUGAGAUUGCUGUUGCUGAUGCGUUGGAUGAGAUUAGAGCGGCGAAUGCACGGAGAGAGGGUGUUGGUAAGGAAUGUAGCGGGGCUACCCUGGCGCCAUCGAGAGAAGCUGAGGAUGAGGAAGAUGCGGAGAUCGCAAGGGCUGUUUUUAGGGGGACGAAGAGGUGUUCGCCAGAUUCCGAAUCACCUGGAGAGUUGCUGAACGUGGAGUUCUCGGUGUCUAAGCCGGCGAAGAAGGCUAAGAAGGAUUUUGCGAGGACGUUAGGAAUUAGGAGGAAGAUGGACAUUCAGGAUACUGUAUAG